AUGCAGAAAAAGAACCUCAAAUGGCAUUUCUCGGCUCACUUGCGAUCUUUGACCAGCAAGUCUAGAAAUACGCAAGAGCUUUAUCUCUCACUAAUGAAGAGUCUACCAGUCCACCAGUUGGACAAAGAGCAGCUACUUCCCAAGGAGCUGACGCCGUAUACCUUCUCAAAGACAAUUCUGAGUGGACUGAAAUCGACAAAAGUGCCUUUGGAAAGUUGCAGUUUAAUUCAUAAUCGAAUAAUUGAGUCAUUAACUGUGCAUGACCACGCUGUUGGCGCCAUACAUGCUAGAGAGCUGAGUAAAAUUGGCGGCCAAUUAACCCCCAAUAGCUUUAUUCAAAUUAUUAGGAGUAAUCCUGGAAGAGUCCAAAGCUCAUGGGAAAUUUUCCUGAACAAUUAUAAAAUUGUCAAGGAUUCAAAGGAAGCUUUACGGGCAGUCCUUGACAAGCUCUUAAGCUUUGACCUUGCUGAUAUUGCUGACGGGAAAAGCAGCUUAAACCUCAACGACAUUUCAAGAUGCUUUUUUGUCAUAAAUUGUCUUAAGGAUGCCAACGGGGUGCCGGAAGCAACAUGGCAAACACUUCUCGAGGCCUGCGUGGCUGCCAAAGCCUCUACCUUACUUGAAUAUAUUGUCCAAUACUACGUCCCAUCUUCGAAGAUCUUAAGGGCCAAGCUUGACCUCACAGACUACCAAAUUUAUCAAUUAUUUCACAAGCAUCCACAAGUGCUUCUCAAGGCGGACUUCUCCUCGUUCAAUCGCGUCUUCAAGUGUGUUGGCGAGAAUAAAUUAAUACGCUUGACAGAGGAUGAGAUAGAGGCCAAUAGCAAGAUUCAAUGGAAUCUAGAGCAAAUAAGCAAGCAUUGCCACCGGCCCAUUAUGAUUACUUCCCCUUCAGAGUUGGUCACAGACGCAACAUUCGAGAAAUACAUUGCUGCUGUUACAAGCUUGUGCGAUCUCUCCACAGAAACAAACAGUUUACGUCGCAUCACACUCCGCUGUUUGGGGAUCCACAGAGGUCAGCUUUCUAGAGCUGAGCGCUUUUUAGCGGCAAUAAAGGAGCCAGAUGAGCUUUUAAAGUAUGAGAUUUUUUUGGCAACAAUUUACAACAGUAUAAAAAAUAAUGACAAGCACCAAUUCCAAGACGCCGUGAAAAUGACAUCUCACUUUUCUCAGGAAAGGCUUUUUCUGUCAACAAAAAGAGCUCUAGUUGUGGCUUAUUCCAACUUUGACAUUAACAAGUCUCUAGAUAUUUUCAACAAGAACAUCCAUCAACUAAGGCAGAAUCCAUCAGCAGAGAAUUCUUUCACAGACGCUGCAUUACUUACGGAAUCACUCAUUGUCGCAUACCUCGGAGUCAAGGAUAGGGAUUUUGCCCACGUUAUUCUCGAGGCAGCGACUGCGCAAAAAAUAGUUUCAGGUCCCUCAAUCGUGAAGCAAAUUAAAAGUCAUUUUUCGGCGUAUGGAACCAUCAUUGAGGAACCUGACUUCGUGGAGCGAUUGAAAGCCAUUACUCUCCAAUACAUAUUGAAACUAUGA